AUGGAGGAGAAAAGUGAUGCGAGCACCGAGGAAGCUCCCAAGGCCAUCAAGCCCACAAGUAAAGAGUUCAGGAAAACAUGGGGUUUCCGAAGAACCACCAUUGCCAAGCGCGAGGGCGCAGGGGACGCGGAGGCCGACCCUCUGGAGCGGCCACCGCAGCAGCAGCUUGGCCUGUCUCUGCGGCGUAGCGGGCGGCAGCCGAAGCGCACCGAGCGUGUGCAGGAGUUUCUCACCACGGUCCGACGCCGGGGGAGGAGGAGCGCGCCUGUCUCCCUGGAGGAUUCCAGCGAGCCAACGUCUUGUCCAGUCACAGAUGCUGAGACUGCCUCAGAAGGGAGUGUGGAGAGCACUUCCGAGAUGAGGAGUGGUCCCAAGGCUGCUUCUGCAAGUAUGAAGGAACGACCAGCCUCUUCUGAAAAGGCCAAGGGAGGUGAUGACGAGGACGACACCUCUGACAGUGACAGUGAUGGCCUGACCUUGAAAGAACUUCAGAAUCGCCUUCGGAGAAAGCGGGAGCAGGAGCCCCCCGAGAGGCCCCUGAGAAGUGUCCAGAAUCGCCUGCGGAAGAAGCGCCGGGAGGAGGACCCCACAGACACUGUGGGCAUUGAGACUGGCAGCGCUGUUGAGAGUGCCCUGCCCAGCAAACCAGAGCCCGAGAAGGAUUCCGGGGCUGCAGUACAGACUGGGAAGGAUGACAGAGAGAAUGCGCUGGAGGGGAGGGCAGCUCCUGGGAUCAAAGAUGAGGAGCCCCGAGGCUCAGGCAGGCCUAAGCCUGAGUGUGAGGUUUACGACCCCAAUGCUCUGUACUGCAUAUGCCGCCAGCCUCACAACAACAGGUUUAUGAUUUGCUGUGAUCGCUGUGAAGAAUGGUUUCACGGCGACUGUGUGGGCAUUUCUGAGGCUCGAGGGAGGCUCUUGGAGAGGAAUGGGGAAGAUUACAUCUGCCCGAACUGCACCAUCCUGCAAGUGCAGGACGAGACUAACUCAGAGGCCGCCGAUCAGCAGGAGCCUAUGUUUAGACCUGGAGAUGCUGACGGCACAGAUUUCACAAGCAUAGGGACAGUGGAACAGAAAAGCAGCGAAGACCAGGGGAUCAAGGGGAGAAUUGAGAAGGCUGCGAACCCCAGCAGCAAGAAGAAGCUUAAGAUCUUUCAGCCUGUUGUGGAGGCUCCUGGUGCCUCGAACUGUAUUGGCCCAGGGUGCGCCAAGGUGGCGCAACCUGACUCAGUUUACUGCAGCAACGACUGUAUUCUUAAGCAUGCUGCAGUGACUAUGAAAUUUCUAAGUUCAGGUAAAGAACAAAAACCAAAGCCUAAAGAAAAGGUGAAGAUGAAGCUAGACAAGCCCAGUCUUCUAAAGUGUAGUGUUCAGGCAGGCAUUAAAAUCUCUUCUAUGCACAAGAGACCAGCUCCAGAAAAAAAAGAAAACACAGUGAAGAAGGCGAUGGUGGCGCCUUCUCGGAAUGAAGCCCUUGGGAAGGAAGCAGCUUGUGAGAGCAGCACGCCAUCAUGGGCAAGCGACCACAAUUACAAUGCAGUUAAGCCAGAAAAGACUGCUGCUCCCUCGCCGUCACUGUUGUUUAAAUCCACGAAGGAAGAGCGGAGGUCCGAGGAGAAAACAGUGGCAGCCACAGUGACCUCGAGGAAGACAGCCCUUCCAGGCUCCGGGGCGGGCACCCAGCCAUUGCCCAGAAGUCUUGUUCCAAAGAAGCCUCCUUUUGCUAAUGUGGCAGCAGCCAAGCCAGCCAUUAAGAAGUCACCCGUGAAUUUCAAAGGCUCCAUCCCCAAGAGGCCGUGGCAUUCAACCAGCCCCUCAGGUGGCGCAUCUGCCAGACAGUCAGGACCCACAGGCAUCGCCAUGACAGCUGCUUCCAAGAAGCCACCCAGCUCUGCUGCUGCGGUUGGAGCUGCAAGGAAGCCCGUAGCAACUUCUGUCCCCUCAGCCACUCCCGCACCUGGACGCCUGGGGGCCACGAGCCCAGCCCCAUCGCAGCCAAACUCACAAAUUCGGCAAAAUAUAAGACGUUCCUUGAAAGAGAUUUUGUGGAAAAGAGUCAAUGACAGCGACGACUUAAUCAUGACAGAAAAUGAAGUAGGGAAAAUUGCCCUCCACAUUGAGAAGGAGAUGUUUAACCUGUUCCAGGUGACGGAUAAUCGCUACAAGAGCAAAUACCGCAGCAUCAUGUUCAACCUCAAGGACCCUAAAAACCAGGGACUCUUCCAUCGUGUUCUGCGUGAAGAAAUCUCUUUGGCAAAACUGGUGAGAAUGAAGCCGGAAGAACUCGUAUCUAAAGAGCUCUCCACGUGGAAAGAGAGGCCUGCAAGACCCGUGAUGGAGUCCAGAGCAAAGCUGCACAGUGAGAGUAAGAAGAUUGCCGUCAGGCAGGAGCCCGCCCCCGACAUGGAGGACUCCCCGCCAGUGUCAGACUCAGAUGAGCAGCAGGAGUCAGCACGCGCUGCCCCUGAGAAGAGCGUGGCGCCACCCCUGGAUGUGUUCAGCAGCAUGCUGAAGGACACCACUGGCCAGCACCGUGCGCACCUCUUUGACCUCAACUGUAGGAUUUGCACAGGGCAGCUUCCAUCAUCAGAGGAUGAACCGGCUCCGAAAAAGCAAAAACUGGUCACUUCUGCUAAGAAAGAAGACCUGAGACCCAGGCACGACAGCUCCCCGCCGUCUUCACUCCCAAACACAGCUGAGGAGGUGGCACCAGGAGCUCUGUCAGAGCAUGCCUCUGGACCUGACCUGGGAAGCCCUCCUCAUCCCUACGGGGAGGGAGCAAGUCUCCCGGGGCCUCCAGGAGAUGGCCCUCCUGAGCCCUGUGUCCUGGAAGACCCUUUGCCCUGCCCGGUCUCCUGUGGGGGCGAGGUGGUCACCACUGUCACAGUGUCUGGCCGGGACCCCAGGACUGCUCCAGGCACUCUUUGCACAGCCUCGGCAGCCACCGCAGCCCGCCUGGACAGCACCCACACUGUAGAAAGCAAACAGGAUGGGCCGAAGCCUGUGCCGCCCUCCACGGUAGUGCCCAAGUCCAUCCUGGCGAAGCCAUCAUCUUCGCCUGACCCGAGGUACCUGUCUGCUUCACCGUCUUUGGGCAUCAGCAUCUCAGAGUCACGAUCCCCUCCGGAAGGAGACACCAGUCUGUUUUUAUCUCGACUCAGCACCAUUUGGAAAGGAUUUAUUAACAUGCAAAGUGUCGCAAAAUUUGUCACUAAGGCGUAUCCUGUCUCUGGGUGUUUUGAUUAUCUCAGUGAGGAUUUGCCCGACACAAUUCACAUUGGUGGGAGGAUUGCCCCGAAGACGGUUUGGGAUUAUGUCGGCAAACUCAAGUCUUCUGUGUCUAAGGAACUCUGUCUGAUCCGCUUCCACCCAGCAACAGAAGAAGAGGAGGUGGCCUAUAUUUCUCUCUACUCCUAUUUUAGCAGUCGUGGCCGUUUUGGUGUUGUAGCUAAUAACAACAGGCACAUCAAGGACCUCUACCUGAUCCCACUGAGUGCCAAGGACCCUAUUCCAUCUAAACUCUUACCCUUUGAGGGACCAGGUAAGCUCCAACUUGCUGGGUGGUAG